CGUCCCGGCCCCGUUGGGUACGGAGGCUUGAAGGUUUGGGACUCGGAGGUAGAGGGAAGAGAUGACGGUGCCAAGCCCCGGCACCCGGGUUUGCUCUCUCCGGACGAACAGCGCACGGACUUGACGGUACCCGAUGGCCGGAUGGUGACGCACAGAGCCGUACGGCACGGCGCCAAAGGUCUGGUCGGCUACUAG